CCAUGUGUUUGUGUUGUAGAGAGAGAGAGAGAGAGAGAGAGAGAGAGGGAUCUACAGAGAGGGAGAGAGAGAGAGAGAGAGGGAGCAUGAGUGAGUGGUAUCAUUGCUAUCUCUUGGGGGCCUGCGUUGAGAAAUGAGAAGGGAUAUAUAGAAAAAGCCUUGGGAUCGAAGGCAGGGAUUAUAAUCAUGGCUUGAGAAGAGGUGUAAUCAUCCCCCUGUAAUUGCCAGCAACUCCAACAGCUUCACUCACUCAACACCAAAAAAAAAAUAAGUAGAAAGAGAAAGAGAAAGAGAAAGAAGAAGAAGAAGAAGAGAGAGAGAGAGUAUAGAGAGAAAGAGAGUCCUCCUCUUAUCCCUACUUCAUUGAGCACAUAUGAGUUAUCUUCUUUGUAUAUAUGAUCUUGAAAGGGUAAAGGGGAUUUAAAAGGAAAUAGUUGUGAAAAGCUAUAACUAGAGAGAAAAAGGAAGAGAGCCUUAUGAGCAUGAGCUCUUCAUCAAGUGCUUCUUUGGGUGGGGUGUGAGAUUCCAAAGCACUACUCUCUCUCUCUCUCUCCCCCCCACCCUUCACAAAGUCCUUUUUUUUAUCUUUUUUUCUUUUCCCCUUCCCUUCUCCUUCUCUCUUUCCUCCUUUUUCUCUCCAUCUUAGGGGUACACAAAAGCCCUUUAAAACACCAUGAUGGACUCUUCAAAUCACCUUGAUCACCACCACCACCACUACCACCACCACCAAGAAGGGCUUCAUGGGUCCUCUUUAGAAGAAGCAGCUGCACCUUUAAUCCAUUGCGGGGGAACCAACCAUGGAUGGAACAACCAACCUCUCAUAUGGAAUUGUGGUGACUUCAAUGUACUAAAUGAGAGUGAAGUAGUUCUCUCAAACCAAAGAGAGUUCAUAAGAGCAACUUAUCAAGAUGAGCCCCUAACCCCUCCUCUAAGCUCAAUAAUGGUUCAAGAUCUAGGGUUUCAGUGGUGUAGCAAUGCAGAUACCUUAAUGAACCAACCAAACAACCAAUCACACUUAGCAAGGAUCAAAGAGGAGCUACCAACAUCAGAUAACUUUCCAAAGUUAAAUGGGCUCAUUAAAAACCCCACAUACAUUGACAACUACCAACUAAGUGAGAAGCUGUUCCUAAAAGCACUUCCUCAAAAUGGCCACAACAAUGCCCUACAGCCUCCGACCGAUGAUUUUCAUUUCGGCCCGUCGAGUUUGGCGAAUUUGGAAAGCGGUAGAGGAGGCUUCAGCAUGGUCCUUCCGAGCGUUAACAUCUCGCUACCGAGUUUGCCGCCGUUGCCGUUCUCAGGCUCCUUAGACAUGGAUCUUCAAGCUUUAUUGGCUUCUACUAAACUUAGCAGGAGCUUUUUCGCACCUCCUUUCAAUUCAAUGGCACCCUUGUUAAAAGAAGAUCCUAUUUUUUAUGGACCACCCCAUGUUCAAGAAGCUGUUCAUGGACCAUUCAACAACAAUCAUAAGGUGCCAUGUAUAGUGAGUGGGGUUUCAGAAGCAGAAGCAAAUUGCAUUGUGAACCGCAGAGCAUCUCAAACAGUUGUGGCUAGGAAGCCUCGAAUAGAGUCACGUUCCUCAUUCUCAUCUUUCAAGGUGAGGAAGGAGAAAUUAGGAGAUAGGAUUGCAGCUCUACAGCAGUUGGUAGCACCCUUUGGAAAGACCGAUACAGCAUCGGUUUUGAUGGAAGCGAUUGGAUACAUUAAAUUUCUUCAAGAACAAGUCAAGACACUUAGUGUACCAUAUAUGAGGCCCUCCAACAACAAGAAAUUAAGGACAACACAAGGGGCCUCAAAUGAAGAGAAAAAUGAGCCAAAGUUAGAUCUAAGGAGCAGGGGACUUUGCUUGGUGCCAUUGUCAUGCACAUCAUAUGUCACAAAUGAGAAUGGAGGGAUGUGGUCACCAUCCAAUUACAGGGGAAGUGCUUGAUAAGUAGACUCAUGUAGUAAAAUUAAUGGUAUACACAAGGCUUAAAGCUAUUAAUGAAAUCAUUUAUAAUUAUUAGUGUUUCUAAAUUUGUAGCUUCCCUAUUCUCUCUUUUGAUCACUACAUUCUAUUUGUUAGUUGUGUAUCCUUAGUUAAAUAGCUUAGCAACUUGAAUCAAUCUUAUAUUGGAUACAAAUCAGAAUCCUUUGCCUUUCGAUUGAGUGUCGUUCCGUGAUGUUGUGGUUUGAUCCCUUGAUUCAUAAGACGCUCUCGUCUCCUAAUUAACUAGAGCAUUAAUUCGGCAAACAAAUUUCAAUCGUGAGAAGUUAAAGUGAAAUUCUGAGCUCCAAAAGCAGAUACUUUUAUUAACUACUAAGAAAGAUAUAAAGCUAAGUUCCUUAUUCCUUUCUAAUUAAUUUGAUUAGCUUGCCAAUCAAUGCCCUAAUGAUUUGGUCAUUUUCCAACACUGAACCAAUUUGGGUUCACAAACUUGCAGGGUAAAAACUUGGUCAUUCCCUGAGAUUGUCACAGUUAAUCCCUCAAAUUUGAUUUCAUUUUUUAUUUUGAAGUUACCUCCUCAUUUACCUUUACUAGUUCAACUGUUUAACUAUUUUAAUUUGGUGGGCUUCCACUAUUAAACAUCAUAUGACUAUUCUGAACAUUCAAAUCUUGUUUUUUC